AAUGUAAAUCGGAUAAAUAAGAAGUAUGUAUAGUUUCUUUUUGCGUAUCACUAAAUGUAAUAUCACUAGACACAAAUAUUUUAUUAACCCUAGUUCAACAUAGGCUCUUUCAUUUGGUGUAGAAUAAGAAACGUUUAUAAAAAUGGCUAUUCGACCAGUAUACAGACCCACAAUUGUAAAAAAGAGGACGAAAAAGUUUAUUCGUCACCAGAGUGAUCGUUACAGUAAAUUGAAGAGGAACUGGCGUAAACCCAAAGGUAUUGAUAACAGAGUUCGUAGGCGUUUUAAGGGACAAUAUUUGAUGCCGAAUAUUGGUUAUGGUAGCAACAAGAAAACUCGUCAUAUGCUACCAACAGGUUUCAGAAAGGUUUUAGUACACAAUGUUAAGGAAUUAGAAGUUUUGAUGAUGCAAAAUAGAAAAUUCUGUGCUGAGAUUGCUCACGGAGUAAGCAGUAAAAAACGUAAAUCCAUUGUUGAACGUGCUCAGCAACUUUCAGUAAGAGUAACUAAUGCCAGUGCAAGAUUACGUUCUCAAGAAAAUGAAUAAAAACAUAUUCUUACUUGAUUUAAUAAUAAAAUAUUUAAAGUA